AUGUCUGGGGAAGAGUUGCGGAAUAUGGUACUCAAGCGCUACGGCCGCCUGUACGACGCGCGAAUUUGUCAGCGAAGAGAUCGUUUCAAUAAGCUCCAGAUUUAUUUACAGAUUAUGUGGAAGUUUUUGGGCCAAAAGAGCUUCCCGUUGAGCGAGGAGGAGUACAUCGAACAGACGGAUGCGGUGGCAGAGUUGUUGAGCGAAUGGAACGUUGGCGACGUCGUUCGGGAGAAUUUGCCGAAGAAUCCCAAGACGCCAAAAAUGGAUACAACUGGCGCAAACGCGGUGAUGAUACCGCUCGGGUUGGAGGAUCUCGAGAAUGGAGUGCCGGGAAUGCGCAACGACGAAUGA